AUGGACGACGAGCCCGAGCCGUGUGGGCACGAGCCAUUGGUGAAGCUGCUGGACAGCCCGCCCUCGCCCUGGCCAAAGCGCAGGCUUGCGACGUGGCUCGUCGCCCUCAGCCUCGGCCUGUUGGGCGGCGCUUUAGCGGCGAAUACGCUCCGCAGAACGGGAACCUCGGUCGCUGGCACCCAGGAGCUGAUCCAAGCAGCGGAGGCCAGAUGGCAACAGGUACGUCGCCGGCCUCUGCCGUUGGGGCGGCGGGUCUUGCAGCUGCCGGCCCUGGAGACGAUCAACAAGAUCCACAAGAGGCGCAGCGCGGCGGAGAAUCGGCGCUGGGAGGAGGCCACCUGCGGCAUCUCCGCCUCCAUCGCCGCGGAGAAGCUGGCGCUGCUGGGGCUGCAACUGGAGUCUUCCGUCUACCAUUGUGCGCCUAGCAGAAUCUCCAGGACCGUGUGCGCCUCAGACAUCUCCGGGGUCAUCGCCACCUUCGCGGCGGCGGCCAGCUACUUGUCCGCCGUGGCCAACGCCUGCCCUCAGAACGUCACGAGCUCCGCCGCGGCGUGUUCUGCGGAUGUCUUUGACAUCAUCUAUGGGGUCGGGACGCUGGCGUCCGCGUUGGCCACUGCAGAGCAGGAGUGCGAGGAGGAAGCCCGGACCAAGAACAAGGCCAUCGCCGAAGAACGGCGGCCCGUGACUCUGGGCAUGUGCGUGCUCAACGUGGCCCAGGCGACCUCCUACAUCGGCCACGCCGUAAUAAGCAUCCGGGCGGCGAAGGUGGACUGCGAGAACAAGCAGCUAUCCAACCGCGCCGCCAGCUGCGCAACACAAAUCUCCGGGGCGCUGCAAUCGGUGUCGCUGGUGGCGGCCUACCUGUCCAACGCAGCGGCCAUGUGUGGUGCCACGAUCGUGGCGGGAGCCGAAUGCUCCAACCGAAUCGGCUCGGUGGUAGCUGGCAUGGCGGAGGUGUCCGCAGGAGGCAGCGCCACCGCAUUGGAUUGCAUCAGUGAGCCAAGCCGAAAUAGCACCAUCAGGGCAAAGACCCUGCACGACCCGGGCAUGGUUCCUACCGGAAAAGCUGUGGUGCUGAGGGUGAGGGCCAAGAGCGUGCAACUCAGCUGCGGCUCCCAGUCCGAGCAGACCGGGACGUGGCAGCUGAGUUUCAUUUUCGACGCCAUGGUGCCGUGUGAGGUGCUGGUGCACGUGGGCUGCAGCGAGCGAAGCCUCCCAGAAGGAGAGAUGGCCUCAGAUGCGGCCGAGAGCCUCGAGUAUCGCUGGGUCUCCAAGCCUGUUCGAUUCCGGGACGGAUUGAACCAGGAGUUCAGAGGCGAGGUAGACCUCGGCGACUUCAUGGCCAAGGCGCCCGAGCGUGCCGACAGCGAGUUCGCGUCCGAAGGCGGCGUCGACUUUGCCGGCUUCGAGCUUGGGGUGUGA